AUGAACGCUAUCUCGAACCGCCUAAAGAAAUACGGUCUGCGAUAUGACGAUCUGUACGACCCUUACUUCGAUUUGGACGUGAUGGAGGCGCUUAAUAGGCUUCCUAGGGAGAUCGUCGACGCUAGAAACCAGCCUCUCAAGCGCGCCAUGGACCUCUCCAUGAAGCACGAGUAUCUUCCCGCGGACCUUCAGGUAUGA